AUAGUCGGCACGGCCAUCCUUGCCAUCCUCGUGCUGGCGAUCACGGACGAACGAAACAUGAGCGUUCCUAAGGGCCUCAUCCCCGUGUCUGUCGGAGCGACUGUGGGAGCGAUCGGCAUGGCGUACGGAUACAACUGCGGCUACGCCGUCAACCCAGCGCGCGAUCUCGGCCCGCGCAUACUCACCGCCAUGGCAGGAUGGGGCGUCGAAGUGUUCAGUUACCGGGACUAUAACUGGUUCUGGAUCCCCGUCGUGGGCCCACACAUCGGAGCGAUAGCCGGAGCGCUCCUUUACCAGCUGUUCGUUGGCGUGCACUGGCCCGACGUUCCAAUCUCCGUCGGCCACUACCCGAAGGAGAAGAUGACGACAGGUGGCAUCAACAACGCAUUUUCGCCCCCUGAAGAAUUCGAGCAGGAACCGCAGGUGAAGAUAUACACAAAGCAAGCCGAUGAUGAUGAUGAAAUGACAGCAAAAUUUUAGUCUCCUCAAAGAUUUGCCGCUAAACGUUUGUUAUACGAGUGAAUAAUAUUCGUGAUAUGAGAAGCUAUGUGCGAAAACAUUCGAUGUUAUUUGGGGAGGGGGCUUUGAUGGGGCUAACCCCUCUAUGUUGAACAUUCACAAUUCAUUUUUGCGUAAUUGUAUAUAAUAAAACAUUUCCACUGGUAUCGUUUAGCUAUACAUAAUUAUAGCUAAUGCUAUGUGUCAUGAAUUGGCUAAAUAUUUUAACCAUUAACAGAACAAAGAUGGUAUUUCUUCUAAAUUCAGGCAGUUUUGCCUAUAGGGCUUCAGACAAGCCCUGCUAGGUAGGGGAACAAAUGUUUAGCAAACUUCAAUUGAUUAUUAAACACAGUGAUAUAUUUACAAAGAAUAGGCACGAUUAUAAGAUCGUACAUUAAAAUAUUAAUAUUAUUAUUAGUAUACCAAAUCGGAGUAUAGCCAUCAUUAUCAUCAUCAUUUCAUUCUUCUUCUUCUUCCUUUUCUUCUUCUUCCUCUUCUUCAUCACUAUCACCACCAUUAUCAUCUUCUUCUCCAUCACCAUCCGCCAUCGCCAACAUCAUCAUCGUCAUCGUCAUCACCAUCAUCAUUAUUAGUAGCGUCGUCACCAGAGUCGUAUGUAGAACUUACUGAAUGGUUACUUUUACAGUUUUCAUUUUUUCAUGUUUUUUUCCCUUAUUUUUCACCGUAGAGUUUCUAUCUUCCGCGUGAUAUGCUUUUAGUACACGUUCUGUGCAAACGUCUUUUAUAAUUAUUAGCUCGUUUCUUUUCGUUUCUAACCACUAUAGCGUUGCUGUUUCACCUGCGAUGUAUUUUCUGGAAUUAAACAAAACAAUUGGCCUAAAAGCAUAAUAAAGUCAUAUUGCUGUUUAUAAA